UAUACCGAAAACUACUGGAAUUUAACUAAGCAUAAUGGCGAUUUCUUUUUGACAAUUCGCCCUUCUUUUUGCGCACGUGUUUUCUUACGCACUGAACAGAAAAAUUUUAUAAAAAAGAUGAACCCUGAGAAAUUGAAAAAAUUGCAAGCGCAUGUGCGUAUCGGUGGAAAAGGAACUCCACGCCGGAAGAAGAAGAUUGUGCACUCUACCCCUGCUACCGACGACAAGAAGUUGCAGUCAUCAUUGAAAAAAUUAUCGGUUAACACAAUUCCCGGUAUUGAGGAAGUAAAUAUAAUUAAGAAUGAUGGAACCGUCAUUCAUUUCAAUAACCCAAAAGCACAAGCAUCUCUCCCAACAAACACUUUUGCAAUUACUGGACAUGGGGAAAACAAAUCGAUUUCAGAAAUGUUGCCGGGUAUUUUAACACAAUUGGGCCCACAAGACAUCACACAGUUGAAGAAGAUUGCCACAGAAUUCGCAAAUAAAGGUGCUGUUGCGUCAGGUGCUGCAGCUGGUGGCUUAGGAAGCGUAUCUGCAGCCGCAGCGGAUGACGAUGUUCCAGAUUUGGUGCAGAAUUUCGAGGAAGUGGCAAUUGGCGGAGUUUCACCUGCUCUUAAAGGCGUUGACGUCUCCAGUACAGCAGAGUCCACACAAAAAAAUGAGGAGGUUCCUGUAGCCUAAGCCGAUUUUUUUACGAUUGAAUCUAAGGGUAGCGAUGCCGACUAUACAAGCAACAUCUAAAAACUAAAGAAACAACGCGUGGGAAAAUAUUAAGGGAAGACGAUGCAUAAAUUUAGUAGUCAUUACAUUUCAUAUGCAUCAUUUACAAAGAUUUGGACGUGCGUUUCUAUUUGAAGUAAUUAUAAAAAGCGUAGCAAUUAACAAGGAAACAUAGUACACAAAACAUAACCAGACGAUAUGUGAACUAAUUAAAUAUUGAAAGAAACUUUAUUUCAAUCACAAAAAUAUGACAUUUUUGUUUUCUCACAGCAAAGACCGAUACGCUUCUAUGUAAAGGAAUUCUACAAAUAAUCAAACAUAUACACUCCAGUAGAAACAUUACCAAUGCAUGUAUACGUUUAAAAAAUAGUAGCGUAAACAUAAUAUGCAAGGAACUGUAUUAUUUUUAUAAUGAUCACCCUUGUCAUAGAAAUAUAACUGCUAAAUUGAGCACAGUUUUAAGUUUUGCCAUUAUAAAUUACUUCCCUAAAAUACCAUAUAAUUUUGUCACAAAGCAUCUGAAGAUUCGAUGAGCUUACCUUGUCAAAAGUAACCUAGAAAGUCCAAAAGCCCUUUUUUUUAAUUUUUUUUAUUUCAAUUAUUUUUCCUACGAACUACUCAUUAAUGUGUAAAAUGACAUUAAUUGUGAAUUACAACUUUGAUCAAACUUAUACCAAAACAAUUGUGGAUAAAACAAUUUAAAAGCCCCUAAAGGCAAAUGAAUAAACUAAUCUAAUACAAAACGUGAGUUAAAA